AUGAGAGCGUUCAUCUUCCUGGCUAUAGCAGCGGCAUUGUCAGCUGUGGCUGAACCCAUCCCAACUCAGGAUGGUGUCGAAGCACUGGAGGGCUUCGACGCAAGCGCAUUGAAAGACGUGCGAUGUGGAAAAACCACAAUCAAAGCCAGGCAGAUCUCCAAGACCUCCGAUAAGACACUGGAGUAUCUCCUGGACCCAAAAAAGAAACGCCCAAAGAACACCUCUGGCGUGGAAUACCCUCACGAGUUUCGCAAUGACCCAGACCAUCUCCCCUUCCUGAACGGCUGCACCGACGAUACGCCCCAGCAUAAACCACAGGGCACGCUCUAUGAGUUCCCCAUUUUUGCCAAUGGCAUUUUCACUGGUGGCCAGCCGGGGCCGGACAGAAUUGUCAUCAAAAGAAAGGGAAAGAACAAGGCGGUCUAUUGUGGACUGAUGACCCAUACGGGUGCGGUUGGGAAUGGGGAAGUGAUCAAGGAGGACUGGUGGGUUCGAUUGUGGGUUGAGAUCCUGAAGACCUCUCUAGGGCUUAGAGCUCUACAGUAUCUUAAGGGAGGCUAUCUUCAACAGAUAGACCAAGGGGGUGUUACUGGAGAUAGGAAUGGACCUCCGUAUUCCCUCGCUUCGCUCGACGGCUUGCGUUUAGGGGACAAGUCAUGCAAUAAGGGACUAGGGGGUAGCUCGAUAGGCAUACUACCUGCCAUACCGCCUAUUAUUCUGACCAAAUUACCCACUGGACUACCUGCUGGACUACCUGCGAGACUGCUAAACUGCGUAGUAGUUUUGCAGUUUUAG